AUGGGUAAGAAGACCAAAGCGAAAACCCAUGUGAGAGAUGGCAUCAUGGACUUCAUUCAUCGUCUGGAGGACUUCUUGCAAAAACCUGGACCGAUCGAUGGAAAUCAAAUAAAAAUUCGAUUGGAAAAACUGGAAGAGAAAUGGAAAGAAUUCGAAGAAAUACAAUGCGAAAUCGAAUUCUCAGAGGAACAAGAGGAGAACAUGGAGCUCCACAGCCAAGUCACCACAGAGUUUGAGGAGAAAUAUUUUGAGAAUCGAACACGAGUUCUCGAUGCGGUGUCUGUUGAUCAGCACGCUUCCGGUACAACAGCUUCGACGACACUAAACAAGCUACGUCCAGUGAAGGUUUCGGUCAACUCGGCGACUGGAAUUAGGGUUCCCAACUGUGCGGUCUGCAAUGAAAAACAUUAUUUAACGCAGUGUCCAUCGUUCAGCAAACUAGAUGUUGAUAAGCGACUUAGAAUAACAAACUCGAAACGGCUUUGCAGUCACUGUUUAGGGAGAAGUCACAUGGCCCGAGGCUGCCCGUCGAAAUAUCUUUGUAAAACAUGUUCGAAGAAACACCAUACGCUUUUGCAUCCCGGUUUUCCUGCAUCUGGUUCUGGUUCCACUCCUGCACCUUCGAACUCCAAUGCGCAUUAUCCAGUCCCAUCGACAUUUGGUGGUACAACAAACUCUGGUGGUUUGGGUUCAAAUUCGGUGGAAUCGUCUUCAAUCAAUGUAGCGAUGAGAUCUUCUGCAUCACACGUCCUCUUGCUUACGGUAUUGCUGAAGGUGCAAGAUAAUUUUGGGAAGAUGCAAUUGGCUCGAGCUCUCCUGGACUGUGGCUCUCAGGCCAAUUUGAUGUCUGAAAAUCUGUGUCAACUGCUGAGGCUUCCUAGACGAGAUAAAAACGUCGAAAUAAGCGGAAUUAGACAAUCAAAAAGACAAUCGGUAUGCGAAGUGUCAACAACAAUCUCCUCACGUGUUCAAGAAUACACGUUGCCAUUGAAUUUCCUCGUCUUGGAUCGAAUCACAGACGAUCAACCAUCAAUCUCUCUUCCGUUGAAGUACUGGAAUCUCCCCGCAUCAAUGAAACUCGUUGAUCCAAAUUUCAUGAGGUCAGGUCCCAUAGACAUGAUUUUAGGAUCUCAAUUCUUCUACGAAUUUCAUCUCCUGGAUGGUGGCCGGAUGCAAAUGAAGAAAUUGAAUCAUAGUUUGCCAUCGUUCGUAAAAACAGUUUUUGGUUGGGUGGCUGCUGGAGAAAUUCAAUGGAAUGAAAUGGAAAAAAUUGGUUGUAACGUUGCUCUGACUGAUCCCCUGGAAAAAGCAAUAGAGAAAUUUUGGAAAAUAGAAGAAUUUCAAAGUAAAAUACCACGGUCACAGGAAGAAGAAGAUUGUGAAUUGUACUUCCUAAAUACUAUCGCCAGAGACGAAAAUGGUCGCUUCGUGGCUCAGUACCCUAAAAAUGCGAAUUUUCACGAGAUGAUUGGGGACUCAAAAGGUACAGCAUUACGGAGAUUUCACCAAUUAGAAAAACGGUUAGAGAAAGAUGUUACAUUGGGAAGCAAAUACAAUGAAUUCUUAGAAGAAUAUUUGGAAAGCGGACACAUGAAAUUAAUUGGUGAAGCAGAGGAAAAUUUGGACAAACAUAAGCCACACCAUCCAGUCUUCAAAGAAUCCAGUACUACCACCAAACUUCGGGUGGUAUUUGAUGGGUCUGCAAAAACGACAACAAACCGUUCCCUUAAUGAUGCACUGCUCACAGGUCCCGUGAUUCAAGACGAUCUUUUCGAAUUGAUGGUUCGAUUCCGAAAAAAUGCAGUUGCUCUGGUGGCCGAUAUCGAGAAGAUGUACAGGCAAAUACGUGUGCAUCCUGACGAUGCUUGCCUGCAGAGAAUCCUAUGGCGAUUCACAUCUCCAGAGAGCAUAAAGGUGUACGAGCUUCAAACGGUCACUUACGGGUUAUCACCCUAA